UCCUCUCAGUCCGCAUCUUCGGGUAGAACUAACACCGCGCGUAAGCGAAGGCGGCGGCAUUGUGCUCCCCGAGUGUUACCUGAAAAGACAGCGAGCCUCUGUUUCACACCCUAUUCGCUCGGGUUCUAGGUUUUACGCUUUUGUUGUUUUUCAUAUUUUGUUGUCAAUCGCAUAUUACCUGCGCGUUUUCUCGGGACAGGGGGUGGGGGAAUGACAAUCCCCGACUCCCCGUGCCUAUUUCUCCUGCCGUAAGGCGCGCUUAACAGGAUGCUCUCUCUGCGGAGGGGCGUCGAGGGCCGACCCCCGGCCUCGGUUCUUCUUUGGGCAUUUCUCUGUGCGACCCUUAUCGACAUUAAUGCGAGCUUACCAGUGGACAAGUGUCCUCGUACCCUGGACUGCACUCUGGAGGGACGUCACUUCUGCCAGCCAGGAUCCACCCGCUGUGGCCCGUGCCUCGCCCCGUUCGAGGAAGACGAGGAGGGAAAAUGCGUGGCCAGGAAGAGGCGUGGCCAUUUCGGCAAGAUAAACUCUCGCCCAGAGCUGGAUGAAGAGAUUGACUUCCUGUCCUCUAUCAUCUCCAAACAACAAGGGUCAGAGGUCAAGCAAUCAGAACCUCCAAAGACCCACAAAUCCAAGCAAGAUGCCCCCAAACGGAAGACUGUUGCCCAUGUUACUGUUGCCCACGUUACUGUGGGGCUUCCCAAGACAACCAGCCCAGCGACUCCACCCCCCCAGACCGCAGCUUUGGAUCAGCCCGAGGCUCGGAUCAGUCCUGUGGCGGUCCCUGUCCCUAACCUGUCCAAGGACAGUCUUCUUGUUGUUAUGAUUGGUGUGUGUAUCAUCAUGGGAACAGUUGCCUUGAUCUUGGCCGGUGUUUGUUGGGUCAGAUUACAGAGGGAGAUGCACCUCGCCCAGAAGGUGGAGUACCCAGCAUUCAACGUGAUGGCGCCCCACUCCUUUGACAAUAGCCUGCCUGGUGAUAAGAAGCUUGCUCAGAGUGCCCAAAUGUAUCACUACCAGCAUCAGAAGCAGCAGAUGUUGUCCCUGGAGAAACACCGAGACGAGCCCAAGAUUCCCGAGUCAGGAACCACGUCGGACGAGGAGAACGAGGACGGAGACUUCACAGUGUACGAGUGCCCGGGACUGGCACCGACUGGAGAGAUGGAGGUGAAGAAUCCUCUCUUCGACGAUUCCACUCUACACAUCCAGAGGAACCACAAGUAGCUCGCGCAGACACAAACUGCACACAUGCGGACACGCAUGUGCACGUACACACGUGUACGCACAGACACACACACACAUACACACAUAUGCGCACACGCACACAUGCACACACACACAUGCACACCCACACGCACACAUGCACACACACACGUGCACACACACACACACACACACACACGCACACACGCACAACCACACCCCCCCUCCACACACACACACACACACACACACUCAGCCUUUUCCAGUUCUUUCUGAGAUGCCUACCGAACCCCUGUCACGCCAGCCUCUCCAGAUGGGUCUACAUGGACAUUAACAGAAAAAAUGAAUAAAUGAAUCUAUGGGGAGGAUAAGGGAGAGUGGAACUGCGUACACUCUGAGACACUUGGACACAGUGCCCCUAGUGGUCAUGCUAGGGGUUGCAUUUGAAGAGCUCUGUGGUUACCCUGCAUACUUCCUUAAUGUGGAAAACCUCCUUGAACCACGGGCAGUACCACCAACACAACUUUCUUUCCAUUUUUAUCCUUAUUUUGUUGGUUGCUUUUUAUGUUGCUGCUCGUGUGAGAUAUUUUUCUGCACCUGAGUUUAUGGUACCUGCCAUCUCUUCUGUAUUUUUGUCUAAUUGGCUAGCUUUCUCUCUUGCUCUGUCUUUCUCUCUCAGUCCUCUGUCAAUAACACAUUCACAAACUUAUGUCAACAGUCUCUCUCAGUUUCACCCACUAAUUUUCAGAUAUUCGCUCUCUCUCUCUCUCUCUCACACACACACACACACAUAUACACACACUAUCACACAUUUACAUAAGCUUUCUCUCUUUCUCACUGUGUAAUGUGAAUUGUUUCCCAAACAGUGAAAAACUGGCCUUACUUGCUACCAAAGGGCAUGUUUCAUGUGCCCAAUCAUCACCCUGCAGUCAGUACUGAGGAACGCUGUGUGAACAGCAGUCGCCUACACCGUGUGUUGUCCCGACAUUUUCAGUUAGACCUCAGCUGCUUUGUACACCUUUCUCUCUUUAGCCAUACAGCAUAAACAUAAAUGUUGUUUUUUUAGGUUCAAACCCGGAUUUAGUUUUUCCCAAAUAUGCACAGCUGUAUUCUUGGGUGCAUGAAAGUAAAGGACAGGUUCAUUUUUACUUCAUUCAAUUUUCUUUUAACUUUCAAGGCCCUCUUUUACCCACAUUUUAUUAGCCACACAGUUAUAGCAUAAGCCAUGUAAAACCCAGAAGCAGAACUGUCCCCUUUUUGCCAUGUGAAGGGUCAGCCUUCAUUAUAUGCAUAAGACCUCUGGAGUUACAUUCACAGAAGGAAAAUUUAAUGUUACAUGCCUGCCAUACAUGUGUGUGUUUUUUUUUGUGGUUCUGUCUGCUGCAUUGAACUUCAUAAAUAGAGCCGGUCUGCAUAACUUCUGUAUGUCCUUAUCACCAAAUAGUGCAGUUUGGCGAGUUGGUAUUUUUGGCAUAAAAUGUGAUGGGUUUUAAUAUUUUUCAUAUACUGUAUGUUCACACAAUAACCCUUUAAGAGAUAGUAUGUAAUAGGCAUUUAUUGUAUCAGUCAGUAUGGUUUCUAUGCAUGACUUUAUUUAAAAAUUUGCUCAGAAGAGGGAAUAUAUAUAUAUAUAUAUAUAUAUAUAUAUAUAUAUAUAUAUAUAUAUAUAUAUAUAUAUAUUACUAUUUUAUUAUAAUUAUUAAAUAUGGGGUCCAUGCUUCAGUUUCAUACUGCGUGAUGGUUUUGAAAUUUUGAUCAGAUGUGCUACAUGUUAAAUUCCUACUUGAAUUACAUUUUGAAAGAAUUCCAAAAUAUAUAUCAGAACUUGCAACUACAAAGCUUUAUAUUGUGUAAAUGUCAUAGAUUGUAUAUUGCUUGUUCCAGUUUGACAUAUGACUAUCAGGACCCUUUAUUUAAUGUAAAUACUUAAUGAUAAUAUUUAAAAGAUGGAACAUGUCACCGAUCUAUGUGUUUGUACUGUACAUACUUCUCUGUCCUGUGUCUCUGGUUGAUGUUCCAGGUUAAUUGAACCCUGUUUUUUUUUUCCUCUUUUCUUUUAUUGUUUUAUUUUGACUGAAGUCCUUUAAAAGAUGCAGACUUUCACUGCUCUCUCAGGAACACUGCUGAUAGUAGUGCCUCUCUACUGUUCUCUCUGGUCAGCCACUCACAUCUAUACAUAUCAUGCAUAAUCUGAAACUGGAUGCAGCCAUGGGGACUUGUGGAGCCUGACACAAGCGAUCAUGCAAACCUUGGUCUUUAGCUGGGAGAGCCAAUCGUAGCUGGCGAUGUGCCACGUGGACAGCAACAGGCAUAGCUUUUACAAAGCCUGCAGCAGAAUAACCACAUUAACACUUGUUGUCCUCUUAGUAAGGAAGAAAAUUUAGCAGUUUGGUGGGUUUGGUUGAAAUUACAAUACCCACUCUGUGUUCUGAUAACAGCCUUUGCUUGUAGUUGGUGUUAAAAUAUAAAUUAAUGUGGUGUCACAGGAAACAUGGAAGAUGGCAAGCAAGGUAAAUUCAACAUUGGGGAUUAUUCUGUGACUCAAAGAAGCUUGGUAUUUUACUUAAACCAAUCAUUAAAAAAUAUCCUUCUCUGACAUCUCUCUCUGACAUUCCCACCAAAAACUGAGGUCCACUGUUGACAGUGAGAGAAAGAUUUUUCUAAAAAAGUCUAGAUACCCUCACAGUCAAAAAGGGCUUAUAGCUCUCCCAGAAGGGUCUCAAAAAUCACCCUGUGUGCGGCUUCUAAUGCAGUCAUGAGCAGGUCUGCAGUCUUGCCUUUGUGUAGAUGAGAAACUGCAGUCCCUAUGUCCCCAUGUUCCACUUGACCAUUUAAAGGAGCUGGUGUUUACCAAAUGUUAGAACCCAAGGUUAUCACUACUAACCGACCUCCUUUCUGAAGACACCCAAGUCACCAACUUUAUAUCUUUGGUUUUGACGGGGAAGAUCAGUCUAAUCAGUUUGGAUCAAACCAAGACCCCUUCCCCCUCUUCCUGGGUUUUGUUCCCGUAAAGGUGUGAGUCAGGAGUGGAAGGUUGGAAACAUCAGUCAAAGGGAGUAGACUUGAGGGCUAUUCAAACCAGUGUGGAUUUAUCAGUGUAAUGGUGGAUGAAUAGCUAUUGGUCUGAUUGUGUCAAAGAAAGUUCUGGACGGGCAAAAUAUUUCUGGGGAUUGGAUGCACUUAAUUUUGGGUGGGGCGCAGGGAACCUUUGCAUAAUUGAAAAUGUGACUGUGCUUAUGGAGUAAGUUUCUCUAUUGUUUCUACAUUGUUUCUUAUAAUGUUGUCUGUGGUACUUAAGGGGGCUAGUGUGUGAAAUGUAUUGAGCAGCCUUGUGGGAGAAAGAAAGCUACCUGCCUCAGCAACCCUGCUCUCAUGACUGGUCUAGUCCAAACUGUUACCAUCGGCAGUCCUGUUCAUGAGGCUACGAGAUUUAUUUUUCAAAUUAUUUUACUGUUGGGACUUGACCUGCAUGUUGACAUGGAAAGAAAUUAUAAGGAAAGUAUAAAGAUGAAAAUGAAAUAAAUAUUUAUAUUAUCUUAAAAAUA